AUGUGGAGGCCGGAAGUCACGAUAUCUAUUACAGACCGCGCCUUGCUACGAAAAUACUAUGAGAAGGCAUUCCAGAACCUGCAGCAGACGAAUUGUCGGGCCCUCGCGAAGGCCUAUAUCAAGCUAGUGGAGCCCCGCAAGCAGAUGGUCUUCCCGUACAACGGGGCGGAUAGUCGUCGCGGGGAGCGCAUCAGGCUUCUAAUUCAUAUCUUGUGUGAACUGCGUACUAGCCGCCGUGUCACCGCCAGAAAGCUGCGGGAGGCCGACCAGGCAAUUCGGCGGCAUAUAUUCCCAGCAGAACGAUUAUGCAUCUUGGAUGAGAUCUAUCGGGUUCGACGGGAAGAAGAAGAUUUCUUGGAGGGCAAGGGUGAUGGACAACGCCCGGUUUGGAUUUGUCGUAUGAACCUGCCCGAAGCAAAGGGGACCACAUUCAACCACAAUGAACAUAACGGAGAGAGCGUGCCUCUUGAUUCAGCAUCCCCAAUCUCGAACGCCACAUCUGCAUGUGUCAAUUCAGGCUCUAACAACAAUGCUCCGCCGGCAUCAUUUGCGCCUGUAUCAAAUUUCCCGGACUUAUCUCAGGACCAUCCCUACGACGCACAGGGUCAUUUUUCUGGGCAAUACUACGCAGGACUGAAUCCCGAGACCAUACGUGGCUUUGACAUGGCUGUGCCGAUGUCAAUGCCGCCACAGGGCUUGAAGAGGAAACGCGAAAGCGAAGAGGUCUCUCAUGUCGAUUCUACCAGGCCUACAUUCAGGCAAGAUUUUUCUCCUCCGGCCACUGUCCAUCUCCAACCCUAUCCGGUAGAGUAUCCCAGCGAAUCUUACAACUUCCUACAGCCGGGCUUCGUGUCCCCUGGGCUCUCUACAACGGAAGCAUUGGCCCGGCCGAAGGAGGGACGUGAUAUCUCUUACCAUUUCGGCUAUUAG